AUGUCGAAAGGUCGUUCUCUCCCCACGGCGCUGAAGCAGCUCCUGCAGCAGCCCACCUUCCCCGCUCGUGCAUCCCGGUCCUCAGCCUCAACUCAGCUCCCCGCCGGUCGCCCCGCCGCUCCCUCCCCGACACCCAAGCUCUCCGCCGUCGCUCAGCACUUUGCCUCUCUCCAAGCGGAAGCCUCGUCCAAGGGCCUCGGAUGGGGCGAGUGGGUCUCGAUCGCAACGGCCACGCUCUUCACACUCAACAACCCGGGCAGUCUCGCUGCUCUCCACAGGUUCGCCGCACCCACCAGUGCCGACCUUGCCCAUCGCACCAACGUCGCUCUUCUGAUGCGCGAAACAGGCCUCAAGUGUAUCGGCUUCAUUGGAAUCCCUAAGGUGAUCAACAACCUCGCUGCUCUUCGCAAAGCCGUCGAGGCCGAUGCGGACCUUGUCAAGUCUCUGCCCACCCAACCGCGAAGGCAGAUCAAGGGCGAACGCCUGGAGAGCGUGCACAAAGCCGCAUACGCGCUGUGGGACGACAUCUACACACCGCACUCCGAGAAGCUGCUGAAGAUUCUUGGAACGUCCCACCCGGACCUGCCCGUGUUCAUCGUCGAGUCGGAGUACGGACCGCUGUUCUCCAGCCCGGCGUCAUUCGCCUUGUCGUCUGACCCAGAGGAGAUGAAGAAGGAGCCAGAGUGGGACGUCAACAGACUACGAACGUCACUCGUGGCCAUCUCGGCGUUGCGAGCUCAAGGAGGGGUGGGACCACAGGUGACAAGCCACGUGUGGGGACUCAUGAAGGCCAAGGACUCGAUCAAGCCGGACGACGCGAGCAAACGGGGGCUCGAAUGGCUCACCACGGAAGAGGGAGCGCUGUGGGUCGUCCGCACUGUCGAUGGCAUCUGCGAAGCCGUGGAAGGCGCGGAAGAGUUCGAAGGACAAGGCAAGGAAAGCAAGCUGUAG